AUGGAUCCUCAGAAGGAUGUUCAGCCUCCAAAGCAGCAGCCAGCCAUUUACAUUUGUGGAGAAUGUCAUACAGAACAUGAAAUAAAGGCAAGAGAUCCUAUCAGAUGCACAGAAUGCGGCUACAGAAUAAUGUACAAGAAAAGGACGAAAAGAUUGGUGGUUCAUGAUGCCCGAUGA